AUGGCGGCGAACCGCACGGCCGACUUCGCGCACCUGUGCCAGCACUACUCGUCGUUACAAGGCCCUACUACUCUCCCACGACCUGUACUGAAGACGGCACUGCACGAGACGCAGCAGUUUACUGCCGCGGCGUCGGACGUGUCGAAAGAAGUGUUCCAAGCGUCGAAGCGGCUACAGCAGCUCACACAACUCGUGCGGCAGACGAAUAUGUUUAACGACCCGACCGACGCGAUCAACGAACUGGCGGCGCUCGUGAAGAACGACAUUACGGCUAUUAACACGCAGCUGGACAACCUGCAGGAGUACAUCAACAGCCAGCGAGAGGCGGCGCCGUCGCGGCAAGCAGCGACGCACUCGGACGCUAUUGUGUCGCUCAUGAAGGCCGACCUCAUGGCCACGACCAGAGGGUUCAAGGACAUUUUGGAGGUGCGGCAGGAGAACAUGAAGCUGCAGCAGAGCCGACGGGCGCGGUAUGGCAAGACCGCGUCCAGUGCACUGGGCAAACCGCUGGCCUUUCAGGCGUCGCUGCCGGUGCGAAACAACCGGAGCCAACACAGUGGUCGACUGCAGGACGUUAACGUGUCGAGCGCGUUGCCACGUCCGGGCUUGCAGCGUGCUACCGAGGUCGGGUCGACCACGGACAGCGUGGAGAUUCAGCCGCUGAUUACCACCAUGACACAGGAACAGCUCGUGGCCGAGCAGCAGAACUACACUGAGUCGCGAGCAGAAGCUGUGUCGCUGAUUGAAAGUCACAUUGUCGAUAUUGGCCAGCUCUUUGGACGCUUGUCGACAUUGAUUAAUGAGCAGGGCGACCUCGUGCGAAGGAUCGAUGACAACGUGGAAGAGUCGUUGCUGACCGUAAGCAGCGGCGAGCACGAGCUGCUCAAGUACUUUUCCAGCUUGUCGAACAACCGGCUGCUGGCGCUCAAGGUCUCGGCUAUCUUAUUAAUCUUCCUCAUCUUCUUCAUGUUCUUCCUAGCGUAA